UGUCUCAAUGGUAUAAUUGAGUAAAAAACAAAACAAAACAAAACACUUCCUGUAUUGCUAUAUUUUGGCAUCUCAAGACUGAACUUCCCACUGAAGCCAUUUCUGCAUUUUAAUGCUGCACUGAAGGAACAGGAGAGUAACCACGAAAGAAUCAAACCAUGUUUACUUUCUUCUGGAUGACAUUGCUUUUCUUUUUGUGGGGUUCCACCAAAAACACAGUUGAAUCAGCCCUUGGAAGACCGGUCUGUUCCAGUGGAUACUGCAUUACUCUCAGUGACGGAGAAAUAACAGCUGAAGCUGGACUGUGUGUUGUGAUACCAUGUUUCUUCACUGUGGCUGAUGGAUUUACACCAAAAGCUAUUGUCUGGUUUAAAUGUGAACCAGGGAGAAGGAGAUGUGGUGAUUCUGAUGUAGUAUUUCACACAAAUCGUAACAAGGUUCCAUCCGAAUUUCUAGGACGAGUUUUACUGUUGGAUCCUGAUGUGAGUCAGGGGAACUGCAGCAUCAUGAUCAAUGACCUCAGCACAUCUGAUUCUGGAUCAUAUCAGCUCAGAGUUAAUGGUUUUUACCAAGGAAUGGUAGAUGGAGUUACGUUCCCUUCAAGAACAAGUCUCUCUGUUAAAGGUCUAACCCAAAAGCCCUCUGUGAUGGUUCCUCCACUGACUGAGGGACAACAGGCCACUCUGACCUGCACUGCUCCUGGUCUCUGCUCUGGAUCUCCUCCUAAAAUCACCUGGAUGUGGAGAAGAAAGGGAGAAAUGGAGGCUAACAUAACAGGAAACAUGGCUGCUUCUUUUAAAACUGAGAAUCUGACUGUUGUCACACAGAGACACAGCUCGAUUCUGACCUUUAACUCUUCAGCUAAGCACCACAACACCAAUGUAACCUGUAAGGUCAGCUUCACAAGUGGCCCAACCACAGAGGAGACUGUGACUCUGAAAGUAAACUAUAAAAGUCAACCUCAGAUCACUGGAAACACUAUUGUGAAGGAGGGAGAUGAUCUGAAUCUGACCUGCAACGUUGAAAGUUUUCCUCAAUCAGUUGUUGUGUGGACUAAACAUUCAGCAAGUGAGAUUUACCUCCAAAAUAACACUGGAUCUGCAACACUUGUCAUCUCGAAUGUGACAGCUGCAGAUUCUGGGCGGUAUGUCUGCACAGCGACUCACCUGAAUGAAACGGUGUCUGCAUAUGCUGAUGUAAAAUUGACUUGGUUUUCAAAGAUACUGAAAGGUUCUGGAUGUGUGCUUCAGUCAGCGCUCCUGAUCUGUGUGUGUAUCACUGAGGGGUUUCCUCUACCCACUAUAACAUGGCCGCUGCUGAAGGACCACACAGAGUACUCUGACAUCAAGACCGUGUCAAACCACACCGUUAACGACACCGUCACCAUACCCCUUAAAAAUCGCCAUUAUGUCAGUGUUGAAUGUUACAGCAGCCAAGGAAAUGAAGAAGCAAAAGAAAACCUCACAGUCCAAGAAGACUUCACAGAAAAAAAAGUCAUUCAGUCCAAAACUAUUUUAGAAAAGAUUUCCAGCCUGGAGGUCAUCGUUGCCUUUCUGGUUGGGGCUCUACUUUCAGCUAUCAUUUGUUCUUUGGCUGUAAAAUGCAGCAGGAAGACACUGAAGAAGUCUGAUGAAACUCUGAAGAUGAUCUCUCAAGAGGAUCCACUGAUUGUUCAAAAUGACAAAUCCCAUGUGCAAGAGGAAGCCAAGAACUUACCGAUGGCAGGAGAGAAGUCAGCUUCCGAAAUGAGCAAAGAUCCCAAAGACGUGCAGUAUGCCAGCAUUGAUUUCUCCGUCAUGAAGCAAAGGCGUGCAAAAGAGGCAGCAAAGGAACGAGCGAGCACUCUGACUGAGUACGCGGAGAUUAAAACUGGACCAAAAGAGCAAAGUAAAGACGGCAAUACAGAGGGAAGUGAGACGCUGGAGGGCGAAGAGGAGGAUUUGAUGACAAAACAUGAUGAGGAGACGAAGCAUUGUGUCUCAGAGGAGCAGACUGAAGUGGAGGCAGUUUACUCCACCGUCAAAGAUGUUUUGGAUGAGAUCUAAGAACUUGUCAUUAGCUAGGUACAUUGCAUACAUGCACUUAUCCUUCAUCACACGCUCAUCUUAAAGUUUAUAGUAAAAGGAGGAGAGGCUUCAAGUACAGUGAUGUUUGCAGCAAUGUUCUGGGUGUGUCAUAUGUUUUGCUGAUUCCAAUUUGGCAGCAAGGUUCAAAAAAACAUGUACAAAUUUUACUUUCACACUCAUACUGGUACAUGUUUGUAAUACAGGUAAUCUAAAAAGUAAAAUGUACUCAUACUGUAAAUAUAUAGCUGUCUAUAUAGGGUUUCUCAGACAAUAAUAAUGUUUGAAAAUGAUAUGAUGUCAGGUUGAUUUGUUUAUGUCUCAUUUGUCUGUAUUUUCUAAAAAAACGUGUUCCAAA